CUGCUGGAACUUUAUAGUCACAUCAGUGCUGUUGCAUUACAGAGCACAUUAUUGAAGGCAGCCACGUCUAUGCUGGCAGCUGAAAUAGAGCAGAACAAAAGAGAGAGGGAGGAUGCUCUUAAUGAGAGGGUUCCUCCUCUCAACCUAUCUGGUCUGUCUGCAAAGGAGCUCCAGGAACUAUGCAAAGAGCUUCACCGCAAGAUUGAUAUCGUUGACGAGGCUUGUUAUGAUCUUGAAAUGAAAGUGGCUAAAAAUGAAAAAGAGAUCCAGUCCUUGACCCAGAAGAUUUGGGAAAUGAAGGGUACAAAGCAACGAACCAAACUGAAGAAGGUUAAGAAGUCACAUGAUGCCAAGCUCGAUGCGCUGACUGAAUUCAAAAUGUCAGCAAAGUCAGAUUUCAAAGCCAACCUGAAGACAGUAAAGAAAGAAGAGGAGAAGAAAGAAGAGGUGACUGACUGGCGUAAGAAUGUGGAGGCC